GUGGUCACCAGGCAGCCUGAUUCAUGCGGUCUCCUCCUUGACUGGCCUUUUUCGUCAUAACGCUGGUAUAUACAUGGUGAUAACUCUGUAAAUUGUUUGGUUAUUGGUCUACAUUCCUUGCUAAUGGACCUGUUUGUCAUCUGAUACUUGAACUGCAGCCAAGGCGGAAAGUGCUCUCUUCUUCUUCUCUCCUCUAAAGCGUACGUCCUGCGCAGGUUUAGCUAUGAUGUGAUUAGGAAACAGUCACCUCCGAUGAAACGUGUCGAUAAACAUGUUAAUAUCUGCUUUUACUCACACCUCGAUGCUGUUAUUUCAAUAGCCGCUUGGGAGGAACCGUUACGUGUUUGAGGCGGAAAUAACCGCCGUGCCUCGCCGCAGAACAUGUCUUUCUUCAAUUUUCGGAAGAUAUUCAAGUUUGGGCCGGAUAGAAAGAAGAAACAGUACGAGCAUGUCCACAGAGACGUGAACCCCGAGGAGAUAUGGGAGAUCAUCGGAGAGCUGGGAGAUGGCGCGUUUGGCAAAGUCUACAAGGCUCAGAACAAACAGAAUGGGACUCUGGCUGCUGCCAAGGUUAUUGACACAAAGACUGAGGAUGAGCUGGAGGACUACAUGGUGGAGAUUGACAUCCUGGCCUCUUGCGACCACCAUUACAUUGUCAAGCUGCUGGAUGCCUUCUACUUUGAGGGAAAACUUUGGAUUCUGAUUGAGUUCUGUGCAGGCGGUGCUGUAGAUGCCAUCAUGCUGGAACUGGAAAAACCCCUGACUGAGCCCCAGAUCCGGGUGGUGUGUAAACAAACCUUGGAGGCUCUGAUUUACCUCCACGAGAACAAGAUUAUCCAUCGGGACCUGAAGGCUGGAAACAUUCUGCUCUCAUCAGAGGGAGACGUCAAGCUAGCUGACUUUGGGGUGUCUGCUAAAAAUACCAAGACGCUACAGAGAAGGGACUCUUUCAUUGGCACUCCAUAUUGGAUGGCCCCAGAGGUCGUGAUGUGCGAGACUUCCAAGGACCGCCCAUACGACUACAAGGCCGAUAUCUGGUCCCUGGGCGUUACCCUGAUUGAACUGGCCCAGGUCGAGCCCCCUAACCACGAGAUGAACCCGAUGAGAGUGCUGCUGAAAAUAGCCAAGUCUGAGCCACCCACGCUGAUGCAUCCUUCACGCUGGUCUCCAGACUUCAGUGAUUUUCUAAGGAGGGCGCUUGAUAAGAAUGUGGACAAUAGGUGGAGUGCACCACAACUGUUGCAGCACCCAUUUGUUGCCAGAGUAACUGACAAUAAACCUCUGCGAGAGCUUAUCGCGGAGGCCAAAGCUGAAGUAUUGGAAGAACUCGAAGAUAGCAAAGAGGAAGAAGAGGAGGAAGAACCAGAAACUCCUUUGCCUCGUGGACACAAGCGCGCACCUUCAGAUGCCAGUGUUGCCAGUUCAGAAGAUGAGAAAGUCACUCCCGCUGCUACUGUUCUGGAAUUGGUCGUGGAGAAUAAAGAGGCCGAGCCCGCGGAGGACAGAACCAGUGAUAAGCUCUCUGACGAAGGCCUGGGAACAAGCGAAGUGGACAAAACAGAGGAGGAGAAACUCAAUGAUGUUUCUGAGGUCAGCCAUGAAGACCUCAUACAAGCUCCUGGUGAAGAAGUCCAAGAAGACAUCACUGAAAAAGUUGAAGAUGCUAAACCAGACAAUGAAGAUAGUACAGCUGCUCCUGUUGAUCUACCUCAACCAGAAACGAAAGAAGAAAUUGUAGUAAUUGUAGAUAGGACAACACCAGAAAUAAAAGAACAGAAUGAGAUCGUAGAAGAUAAAAUGGAGGACGAUUCUACUAAAGAUGUUGUUGAAAUUAUGAAACAAGAAGAGGAUAUUAGCAAUGAAGGGAUAGCAGAAAACGCUGAAGAGAAAAACAUGGAGGAACAACCUGAGGAACCCAAAGUACCAGAAAAUCUAGAAAAAGAAUUGAAAGAGUUAGCAGAAAAAGCUGAAGAGAAAAAUAUGGAGGAACAGCCUGAGGAACCCAAAGUACCAAAGGAUCUAGUUACAGAAUUGAAAGAAGCUAAUGAAGAAAUUAGCAAACCUAUUUUAGAACAAGAAGAGAUAGUAGCACCUCCUACGUUGCCAGAUACAGUUGUAAUAAAAGAUGAUAAAGACUCUGUAGAAGAAAUAAGUCAAGGGGUGAAUUCAGUAGAAUUAAAUGUAGAUCAAGACAUAGGCGUGAAGGAAGAAGUAGUUGAAUUGUUGCCUGAAGUUUUAGUUGAUGAAGAAAAGAAACCAAGCCAGACCACUGAGACAGUAGAAGAGAAAACAGUGGCCAUAGAAAUUCAAAAUGUUGAGGAGAAUUCUGUACAAGAAAAAGAAGAAAAUCUGGAAAUAAUUGAUGUUAAAGUUGAAGAAAAGGAACCCGCAAUCGUGUCUACGGGCGUGAUAAGUGUUGAGAGCAAAGAAGAGUCCCAAACAGUGGUGCCAACUAGUCCUCCCAAACAAGAAGAGGAGGAGAAGGAUGUUGGCGCUGAUAUGAGCGUUUCCCAAGAUGCGGUGUCCGUCCCAGAGAGCGAGACGGAUUCUGAGGCGAAGACGGAGCAGGGCAGUCCAGCGCUUGUCAAACCUGAAGGAGAAAAAGACUCUGAUUCAGGGAGCAGUUCAGCGGCCGACAGCAGCAGCCUUGACCUCAAUCUGUCUAUCUCCAGCUUCCUUACCAAGACCAAGGAAGGCGGGUCCAUAUCUGUACAGGAUGCCAAACGUCAGAAAAAGACCCUGAAGAAGACCCGUAAGUUCAUGGUGGACGGUGUGGAGGUGAGCGUGACCACGUCUAAGAUUGUGUCUGAUAAUGACACCAAGAGUGAGGAGAUGCGCUUCCUCAGGCGGCAAGAACUGAGAGAGCUUCGCCUGCUGCAAAAAGAGGAGCAAAGGGCCCAGCAGCAGCUCAGCAACAAGCUUCAGCAGCAGAGAGAGCAGAUCUACAGACGCUUCGAACAGGAAACUACCGCUAAAAAGCGCCAGUACGACACAGAAGUGGAAAACCUAGAGAAAAAGCAGAAGCAGACGAUCGAACGUUUAGAACACGACCACACCAGCUGGCUCCGCGACGAGGCCAAACGCAUCAAAUCUGAGCAGGACAAGGAGCUCGCAAAGUUUCAGAACAUGAUGAAGAGCCGCAAGAAGGAGGCAGUGGCGCAGGUUAUGAUUCAGUCUUUUCAGUUGUCCUCAUGUGCACUCUUCAACGCUCAGAUGCAGGAUGAGCAGGAGUUCUUACAGAAGCAGCAACAGGAACUGGACGGUGCCCUGAAGAAGAUCAUCCAGCAACACAAACUGGAAAUCUCCACUAUAGAGAGAGACUGCCUCAACCACAAGCAGCAGCUCAUGAGAGCUAGGGAAGCUGCUAUGUGGGAGCUCGAGGAGCGCCACCUGCAGGAGAAGCACCAGCAGCUCAAGCAGCAGCUAAAAGACCAGUACUUCCUGCAGAGGCAUCAGCUGCUCAAGAGGCAUGAGAAGGAAAUGGAGCAGAUGCAGCGCUAUAACCAGCGCCUGAUUGAGGAGCUGAAGAACAAACAAACUCAGGAAAGAGGACGUCUUCCCAAGAUCCAGAGGAGUGAAGCCAAAACCAGGAUGGCCAUGUUUAAGAAGAGCCUCCGCAUCUCAGUCACUGCAGCAGUCACUCCAGAGCAGGAGAGGGAGCGCAUCAAACAGUUUGCUGCUCAGGAGGAGAAGCGUCAGAAGAAUGAGAAGCUCCAUCAGCAUCAAAAACAUGAGAAUCAGAUGAGAGACCUGCAGCUCCAGUGUGACGCCAACGUCCGGGAACUGCAACAGCUGCAGAAUGAGAAAUGCCAUCUGCUGAUCGAACAUGAGACACAGAAGCUGAAAGAACUUGACGAAGAGCACAACCAAGAAAUAAAAGAAUGGAGAGAGAAGCUGAGGCCCCGGAAAAAGGCACUGGAGGAGGAGUUCCAGAGGAAGCUCCAGGAGCAGGAAGUCUUCUUCAAAAUGAGUGGAGAGUCUGAAUGCCUUAAUCCCACCACGCAGAGUCGAGUGUCCAAGUUCUACCCCAUCCCCAACAUGCACAACUCCGGUGUAUAACCUCCUGUGAGCACCAAGCUGCACUUACAUACUCUAGUGAGGGGAGAGAGGGAGGAUCCAACUAACCAUGAAAAUGUCCAAACACAAUGGAUUUUACCACAUUGGAGCAUGACGUGCCCAAGAACACUCUUACACCAAGAAACCAUUCCUCCCUCUCUCAUGAUGGUUAGGGCCCAAAGAAAAAAAAUGUUCGCACUUUUCCUAGCAUGUUCUCAUUGGUAGGCUAAUAUUAAUCCCAGCUUCCCUCAAUUCCCUAAAUGCUCAAAUUAGGAACACAAAAAUAUUAGUGUCAAAAAAAUAAUUUGGGUCGUGGAAAGUUUGCAUUUUACUCUUCAGACAUGAGAAAAAAAUGUCAUAGUAAAAAAAAAAAGGUGAUGUCUAUUCUGAAUGAGAAAAAAAAAUUAAACGUGAAUCUACAUAUAAGUUGAAUCACACAUUGUGAUGACUGUAUUCUACUGAGUUAAAUCAGCGAGAACAUACUUUUAUAAAAUAAUUUUCCAUGACUUGUUUCUCAUGGGAAAACCUCAAGGUAAUGAUGACAUGCUGUACAUCUGAUAACCUUAAGGGAGUUGCUUUGAGCUAAUGUUUAAAAAUAUGAAGACACAUGGAUGCUAAAGGAAUGUAAUGCUGUUUAUUUGCACUGUUUUGCCACAUUGGUUAAUGAUUAAAUAUGCAGUUUGCUAUCUGUCUCUUAUGACCGUAUAGUAACUUUUGCUGCUUCUGUCUGUUCAAACUACAGACUGACUGAAAUCAUAAAGCAUUGCCAUCUUCCAUUUUAAUUGUUCCUUUUAUUCCAAAAAAGUUAUUUUAUUCUUACAGUUUCUAAAGUCAUAUAUUUAGCUUGCUGUCUCAUGUAUGACACGUUACAAAGAAAUUCUCAUUUUAUUUUAUGAAUAUAUGUGGUCUUUAUAAAUCCAGGAUUAUGCUGCAUUAUUUUGCCAUUGCUUAACUGUUGAUCCUCUUGUUGCUGUUUUCAAUGCUGAAUGAUAUUUUAUAUUUUGUUUGGUCACAGGAUUUGUUUAUAAUUUGACUACAAAGACUAGUAUGCAUUUCUUAUGUCAAACCAAAUGUAUUUUAAGUUGUCUUUAUUAAUGUAAAUAAAAUAUUGACUGUU